CGAGUUAUGAGAAAAGGUUCAAGUAUUCCCUUUGAGUCCUAUUAUCUUCCACAAAGUGAAUAUGGAUCUUUGGAGGAUACUUAUUUUCACCUAGAUCAACUUUUGAGCAACUCUUCCAUCGACAAUGUUGCAUGGACUUACUUCUUCCUGGAGGUUCCUCACGGUGCCGCUGGAUCUAAUCUACAUUUUCAAUUAAUAGCAGACAAGAAUAUAGGCUAUGAAAUUUACACCAGAUAUGGCGGUGCAUCAUCUAUUGAUAAUUGGGAUUUUUAUGUAAAUAGCACAAGCAAUAGCAAUGGAUCAAUGCUUGUGACAUCUAAUGACUCAAGUAAAGGAAGAAUAGAAUUCUACCUUUUGUAUGUCAGGGAAGGAAUUUGGAGUUUUGGAGUGCGACACCCUACUGAUGUUGGCAAACACCAAAGUUCCAUUUCAAUUUCCCUCGAUGGGUGCCCCAAACAUUGCUCUUCCAGCGGGCAAUGCCAUUAUUCUGUUGAGGAGAGUGGAUUGACAUUUUUCAGCUAUUGUGCCUGUGACCGAAAUCAUGGAGGCUAUGACUGCAGCAAAGAGGUUGUUUCACUGCGAGGACAUAUCUGGCAUUCAAUUUUUCUUGUUACAUCAAAUGGGGCAGCCAUCCUACCUGCAUAUUGGUCCCUUCGAAGGAAGGCAUUUGCCGAAUGGGUGCUCUUCACUUCUAGUGGAAUUUCAAGUGGGCUUUACCAUGCAUGCGAUGUGGGCAGCUGGUGUGCUCUCUCCUUUCAUGCACUUCAGUUUAUGGACUUUUGGUUGUCUUUCAUGGCUGUGGUGAGUACUUUUGUAUAUAUGGCUACAAUUGACGAGGCUUCAAAAAGAGCGAUUCACACAGCUGUUGCCAUUGUCACUGCUCUCCUAGCAGUAACCGGUGCAACCAGGUCAGAAAAUGUUGUCAUUGUUAUAGCCAUUGGCACCCUCGGCCUUCUUGUGGGAUGGUUCCUAGAGUUUUCUUCUGCAAAUAGAUCACUGUGGCCACCAAGAUUUGGCUUCAGUAUGCUGGACCGUUGGCAAAGUAUUAAGAGAUGGUGCUGGAAUUUAAUUAACACGCUGCUAAAAAGAUUCCGCUGGCCGUUCAUAUUUCUUGGUUUUAUUGGAUUGGCUCUUGCUGGAACAAGCUGGACAUUAGAAACCAACAGAAACUACUGGUUUUGGCAUAGUUUAUGGCACAUCUCCAUAUACACGGCUUCGUUCUUCUUCUUAUGUUCGACUCGUCCAAAGAACAACGACAAUCAAGUGCCAGAAUACGAGUUAACUCGGCAGAACUCAUUGCCAAGAGAUUAGAUAAAGCUUCUAAACUUCAAGCAGUGUACUAUGUCCUAUAGGUAAGUUGUUGAUAGAGCACAAUUAUACAAAUUGAACUUAUCAGCACAAAUGAUGUAUCAGCUUCCAGAUUUUAUGAAGUUUGGGUCUUUAUGUAGCUAUUGAGUGAUAAGUUCCAGAUAGCUCAUAAGAGCAGCAGGAAGAGGUUUUAGAUGCACAAUUUUGCAAUUGCUAAAGUGGGCAGGUAAAAAAGAAAAAAAUUCAGAAAUUUAAUGAUUUAUGUGAAUAAUUUUUUGCAGAGUUGUAAUUAGGUUUAAUACAUAGAGGAUUUGAUGGACUAUUAAUUUAUGUGCAUUUUGUGCACAUUUCUUCAACUGGUUUACCGCAGCAAAUAGACAUGCCUAUGCAAGUAGUAAUUCA